AUGGUGUCGCUCAAGGCUAUUGGAGUUGCUUAUGCAGCAGCGAACCUCUUGGGGGUCAACGCAGGUCUCUGUCGCCCAUCGAGCAGGACCUCACUAAGCCAGUCCGGCUCCGGAACACCAACCUCGGCACCGAUUGCCUCGACCUCUACUUCAGGAGGUACCAUCGCCACGACAUCAACGGACAAAACAUCUUCGUCUGAUGAAACAACUGCUUCCAACCCUACGUCAUCUGGUUCUCAAUCUCUGUCCAGUAGUGAAUCUAUUGUUUCGUCAAGCAACCCGACAACCUCAGAUAUCUCAACUGUCGAGACCUCAAGCAGUCAUACGAUCUCUGUCGACCUCACUACGUCUGGUAGCUCUACCACUUCAAGCGAUGUUGUGACCUCUGCCCAGUCCACGACCUCUGAUGCUCUGUCCACGUCUACUGAGACUUCGGCACCCGUCGACUCCACGACAUCAGGCGUCCCGACUACUACUGCUGAAACCUCGGCCUCUACUGAUGUGACCUCCACCGAAGCUAGUACGUCCGAGGGGUCCACGACAUCUGCUGAUACUACGACAACUGCCAGUCCUACCACCACCGCGGAAGCCACGACAACUUCGUCAGAACCUACAACCACAACCUCGGCCUGUGUUGAGCCUACCAACCUACUCAGACAGCCUGGAUUCGAAGCUUCAGAUCAGGGAACCGUCUGGGGAUUCUACUGGGGCGGUGGCGAUGUUGAAUACGACCCCGACCAAGCUCGGACUGGCGAUUACCUUGGUGUUCUACCUGUUCCAGACGGACAAGAACGACGUAUGGAGCAGCGCAUUCACAUAACCCCAGGAACAGAGUAUACCAUCAGCUUCUGGUAUGCUGUUGCAAACCCUCCAUCAGUCAACACCCAAUGCUCCGUCUUUGCUACUUUCGACUACUACACGACAUUGAAGCAGGUGCCGAUUCCUUCUGACUCUGAAUACCACCAGUAUACCGCGAGUUUUAUUGCCCAGGAUAAUUUGGACCCAGCUAUCGAGAUUGGCGUUUCCUGUCCUGGUGUAGGCAAUGGGUACACAGCUACAAUCCACAUCGACGACACCUCUGUUCUAGACUCUACCAACGCGUGCGAUGCUACUCCCGUCGACCCAAAUGCCCCCCCUAAAUCGACGCUCCUCGUGCCUGCACAGCCAGAGGCGCCUCACUGCCCUGUGAAUGUCGUUCAAGUCCCCGGGUUCGAAGCUGAUGACGCGGACCAAGCAUGGGCCUGGUACAACAGGGGAGAGUUUGUGCAAGAUGCAUCCAACGCCCGAACCGGAGAGCGGGAAGCACUUUUCCCCAGUGGAACUGCUUCAGAUGCUGUAUUCCUCGAGCAAACCAUUGACUCAUCAGAUCUUGUAGCCGGCGAGAACUACGAUUUCCAUUUCUUCUGGAAGCCUAAGACCCUGCCAGAUAACGGCCAGUGCUGGAUGUAUGGCGGUUACAACGAUCAAAUUGGCUUUCCACUAGCUAAUAUUAAUUUCGGCGCAACUUCGUCGACUGGCUACACGAUCUAUUCAGCUCGCUUUCAAAUGCCUGCCGGCAAUCUUUUGCUUCAGAUAGUCUUCUAUUGCCAGUACAACGAUGGUAACACAGUCCUUGGAUCAGUCUACGUCGAUGAUACUGCACUGAUCAGAGUGGGUGGCUGCGAGGCAUAUCCUGUGACUGGGGCGCUCAUUGAGAACCCCAGCUUUGAGAUCCAAGCCACUGAAGAUAGUACUUAUGCUUGGUUCGGCACCAACGGCAUGACAAUCCGAGCCGGAAGCACAGCUGACGGUCCAUCGCCUAACUCGGGCGACAAUUUCUUAUACGUUCAAAUUGGAUCUUCCAAGAAGUCAGCCACACUCACUAAGCCACUGGCUAGUUCCUUGAAUGCAGGCAUAACGUAUGCUCUCCAGUUCAGCUGGUCAGCUGGAUCUGCCUACGUGCCCAGCACAUGCUCAUUCAAGAUUGUCUUUGGUUCAGUGUCCCAGACCCUUGAUAUCGACGCCCAAGUCACAGCGUAUCAGUAUCAGUCUUUUGACUACAGUUUCACAGCCGGUGACUCGGCUGAGUCCAUGUCCAUCACUGUCGAGUGCACUGACGCCAGUGGGUUCCCCGACUUUUUAUUCGAUGACUUUUCACUCCAGGGCUCCCAGUAA